GGGCAGAUCUGGUGGCUGAACUGGCAGCAGUGGCUGGGAGUUCAAUGUACUUCUCCCACUUCUACGUCGUCUCGGUGCUGUGGAAUGGCUUCCUGCUUUGGUGCCUUACUCAGUCUCUGUUCCUGGGAGUGCCUUUCCCACACUGGCUGCACGGUCUGCUCAGGAUUCUCGGGGCAGCGCAGUUCCAAGGCGGCGAGCUGGCCCUGUCUGGGUUCUUAGUCCUCGUCUUCCUGUGGCUGCACAGCUGGCGGAGGCUCUUCGAGUGCCUCUACGUCAGCGUCUUCUCCAACACCGUGAUCCACGUGGUGCAGUACUGCUUCGGCCUCGCCUACUACGUCCUGGUCGGCCUGACUGUGCUGAGCCAAGUGCCGAUGGACGGCAGGAACGUUUACGUGGCCGGGAAGAACCUGCUGAUGCAGGCACGGUGGUUCCACAUCCUCGGGCUGGUGAUGUUCCUCUGGUCGUCCGCCCACCAGUACAGAAGCCACGCCAUCCUCGGCGGCCUCAGGAAGAAUAAAGCAGGAGUGCCCGUUCACUGCAGCCACAGGAUCCCCUUCGGAGACUGGUUCGAGUACGUCUCCUCCCCGAACUACUUAGCGGAGCUGAUGAUCUACGUGUCCAUUGCCGUCACCUUCGGGCUCCGGAACUUCACUUGGUGGCUCGUGGUGGCAUACGUCUUCUUCAGCCACGCUCUGGCCGCUCUCCUCAGCCACCGAUUCUACAGAAGCACGUUUGUCUCCUACCCAAAGCACAGGAGAGCCUUCCUACCAUUUCUGUUUUAAAGUAAGCCAGGGGAAUGCCCGCUGCGUGACAGGCCCCGCUCCUUGAGGCAGCGAAGUCUGGGGACUGGAGCGCCGUUUCUGCAGGCCGGCAGCAAACCGCUCCGCUGUUGUGAUAAAGUCAUUGAAGGGGCAAAGCCACACCCCUCAGGAAAACGAAUCUUCAACGUGUCUUCAAAGGAGAAAUACCGGCAGGCCUGUUUGCGCGUCUGCCUUCUGAGAUACUCUCUAAACCCAGACAACUGACCGAAGUACAGCCUUGCCUGAACUGCUCCUCAGGCAGAGGGGCCCAGAGCAGGCCAGCUUCAUGCACACACAUGACAGCGGAGGGGCUAGGGUCACCCCGGAACAGCCUGUGGGGAAGGCCAGCCUGUGUGUAGGA